AUGAACAAAGAGAAGAAAGAGGAGGCUGACAGGGAAGCAGGAAUGUGGGCCAUUCACCACUUCAAUGUCGUACAAGCCAAAGUCGCUCAACCACAGGUUCAAGCUAAAAAAGUGAUGUUCGUCGACGCCAUGGUGAAUGGCAAGACAACCCGUUGUUUGAUGGAUACGGGUGCCUCGCACAACUUUAUGUCUGUGCAAGAAGCAAAGAGACUUGGGUGUCAAGUCUCGAAGGAAGCAGGCAGUAUGAAGACUGUGAAUUCAACUGCCAAACCAAUUGAUGGAGUAGCUCGUGGUGUGGAGCUACACAUUGCCACUUGGAAGGAAGUAAUUGACUUCUCCGUGAUCUCGAUAGAUGACUACAAUGUCAUGCUAGGAAUGGAGUUCAUGGACAAGGGUAUAACAAUGUCAUGCAUGGUGCUAAUGGUGAGGCAACAAGGCGAGUCGAAGCUUUUGUCAGCCAUGCAAAUUUUCCAAGUCUUGGAAGAAGGGCGAACCGAUGAAGUCCAACCAGUACCAAAAGCUGUCCUUAAGGAGUUUGUAGAUGCCAUGCCCAAGGAGCUGCCCAAAACUUUACCACCUAGGAGAGAGGUGGAUCAUGCCAUUGAGUUGGAGCCGGGUGCUAAAUCCCCUACCAAAACGCGAUACAGGAUGACACCUCCUAAGUUGGAGGAAUUAAGGAGGCAGUUGAAGCAGUUGCCCCAGUCCUAUUCCAGAAGAAUAGAGAAGGGACACUGA